AUGCCCGCCAUCGCCGCCUCCGCCCCCGACUACGCUGGUUACGCCUACGCUGCCCUCCUCGCCCUCGGCGGUAUCGCUGGAGGACUUCGAAAGGGCUCUGUCAUCUCUGCCGUUGCUGGAGUUGGAUCGGGCGUGGCAGCUGCUUACGGUGCGAGCCGAGUGUCCAAGAACAGUUUCGACGCCUACCCCUCUCUGAUCGUCUCCUCUCUCCUUCUCGCGCUCAUGUCAUGGAGGCUCUUCAAGACUGGAAAGUUCAUGCCCGCCGGGCUUGUGGUACUCCUGUCCUUGGUGAUGACUGUUCGAUACUAUACUUUUCUGGCUUGA